UGAAACUAACCUGCAAAUGUCAGGGUAAAAGUUCCGUUAUGGUUAAGGGUGUUUGUUUUGUUCUGUUCGCCUUAAUGUUUUGUUGUGUUGCUCGUUAAUUACCAGCUUAAUUAGCAAAUCGAUUACCAGGUUUAUUCAUGCCAGUCGUGUGGGUACAUGAUUCAAGCGUGGCUGCAAGUGAACAAAGAGGACAGUUGUAGCAUUACCAGAUCACACCUGUAGAGCUCUGACUACAUUAGGAAGAGACUUUGGGAAAUGGCGCAGAACAGCAAGCAGGAGAAGAGUACCUACGAGGCUAUCAACAAGAUAGGAAGAGGAGCGUACGGUACGGUGUAUAAAGCGAGGAACAAUGAGACUGGACAGGAGGUGGCCUUGAAGAAGGUCUGGAUUCCGCUGAAUGAGGACGGAAUCCCCAUGAACACGUUAAGAGAAAUCGCAUUGCUCAAACAACUGAACACCUUCAACCACCCGAAUAUCGUUAAACUGCUGGACAUUUGCCACGGCCAGCAACUGGGCAAAGACUUGAUGAUGUUCCUGGUGUUUGAGCAUGUCGAACAGGAUCUGGCCAUGUACAUCAGCAAACAGGCACAAGGAUUUUCCACUACGGAGAUUAGAAACCUCUCUAAGGAAAUCGUAAACGGCGUUGAUUUUUUGCAUAGCCAUCGGAUCGUUCACCGGGAUUUAAAGCCGCAAAACCUGCUGGUCACCAGCGACGGCCACAUUAAACUGGCGUGGUCACUUUAUGGUACCGUUCCCCCGAGAUACUAUUGGGGCUCCCCUACGCCACAUCAGUGGACAUCUGGUCCAUCGGCUGCAUCAUUGUGGAGCUCUACACGCGCAAGCCGCUGUUUUGCGGUAAAUCCGAAAAAGAGCAACUGAGCGAAAUUGUGAGAGUUUUGGGGAAGCCGCCCAAAGACGAAUGGCCGGAGAGAAGUGCCCCCAUCAAGUGGAGCGCUUUUGCACUGUCCGAGAAAGUGGAUCUAGAAGUCCUGGUCCCUAACAUGUGCGAGAACGCUUUGGGCCUAGUCAAGAGCAUGCUGACUUUUGACCCGAACAAACGAAUCAGCGCUCUAGAGGCUCUCAGUCAUGAGUAUUUCCUAGAAGAGCCCAUCAACACCUAGCUGGCUGCCAGCUUGCGCAAAUUUAACGGAGUAAGGAUGGGUUUUUUACGCUACUGCAUACCAAACUAAACCAUUUAGUUCAUUUUAGUUGAUGCUAUCAGCAAAUUUUAUGCUAGUUUUAGUUUUUCAAUGUUUUCGCCGAAUUUUAAUUUGUUUGGCCGCGGCUUAACAAGACCAUACACGGUGAGUUGCCCGUUUGGACUUGUGCGUUUAGUUGUUGCUUUUCGGAUCCCUGUUUAUGUAUCUAGAAAUAAAACUCACCGUGUAUGUUGCGUUCAUUGGUUUGAACAGUCGCGACACUAAGUGAUUUAUGUAUGUAAA